AUGUCGCUUCCUCGCGCCACCUCGUCGGCAUCAUCAGUCAUGUUCCGGUUCGCCGCUGGCGGUGCCCCUCGUGCUCAAUGUCAACAGUGUCUGCGUCCCGCCUUCCGCUCAUCACAGCCUGCUCUUCGCUUCUCCUCGCGAAGAAACCUGCAGACAGCCACUGCCUACCGUCCUUACACACUGGACCCUAUGCCGUCACCAAGAAACGCUGGCGUUCCCGAGACAUCAAUAGCUGGCCUGCCUCCGCUCCCCUCUACCUCAUCGCGCCCUUCAAAGCCUUCUCCUGCCGCCGAUCAACCCGUCAGUGUCCCUGAACAAGAGGCCCAGAAGUCAUCAGCCGCAAACACGACACCAUCAGCGAACACAUCCUCUACUGCAAAGCCCCAGAGAAAGAGCAAGCUGCGUCCGCGCAAGGCAGCCAUCACACUGUCAUCUUCCGCUGUAUCGCAUCUGCGCGAACUGCUCGAGCAACCAGAGGCGAAGCUGGUCCGUGUCGGCGUGCGUAACAGAGGCUGCUCGGGACUGGCAUAUCACCUGGAGUACGUGGAUAAGGCGGGAGCUUUCGAUGAGACUGUCGAGCAGGAUGGCGUCAAAGUUUUGAUCGACUCCAAGGCUCUGUUCAGCAUAAUCGGCUCCGAGAUGGACUGGCUGGAGGACAAGUUGAACGAGCGUUUCAUCUUCAAGAACCCCAACAUCACUGAGCAAUGUGGCUGCGGAGAAUCUUUCAGCAUCUCAUGA